ACUGCGGCUCUUCUGCGCGUCUCGAUGCGCCUGAGGUCGCUGUUUGGAGCGUCGCCUCCUUCUUCUCUUUCGCUUUUGCUGUGAAAAUGGAGAAACGCAGCGUGGACUCACGGGUCAAAGGAGUCAGCACAGGGACCACCAUCCUGGCUGCCACGUUUGAUGGAGGGGUUGUGAUUGGUUCAGAUUCCAGGGCUUCCAUUGGAGGGGAAUACGUGUCAUCUAAGACCAUCAACAAGGUGGUCCAGGUUCAUGACCAGAUCUUCUGCUGCAUGGCCGGCUCACUAGCAGAUGCUCAGGCUGUCACCAAGGCUGCAAAGUUCCACCUGUCACUCCAUAGUGUGCAGAUGGAGAGCCCUCCACUGGUGAUAGCAGCAGCAUCGGUGCUGCAGGAACUGUGCUACAACAACAAAGAGGAGCUGCAGGCGGGCUUCAUCACAGCAGGCUGGGACAGGAAGAAGGGACCUCAGGUGUACGUGGUGUCUCUUGGUGGGAUGUUGAUCGGUCAGCCGGUGACCAUCGGAGGCUCAGGCAGCACCUACAUCUACGGCUACGUCGACGCCAAAUACAAAGCCCACAUGAGCAGAGAGGAAUGCCUGCAGUUUGCCACUAAUUCUUUAGCUCUUGCUAUGGGCAGAGACAACGUCAGCGGAGGCGUGGCUCACCUUGUGGUCAUCACGGAAACUGGGGUGGAGCACGUGGUUGUCCCCGGCAACCAGCUGCCCAAGUUUCACAACGAGUGACAGCGUCCAACAAACAAGGAAUUCUUGACUUUUGUUUUUCAGCUUUAUUUCAGUAACUGUUUGAAAUUCCUGAUCCACAAUCUCAUCAAUAAUGUCCUGUAUAGGACUGGAAUGUAACACAUUCUGCACACACACACACACACACACACACACACACACACACACACACACACACACACACACACACACACACCUUAAGAACAAGACCAUGAAAAUGAUUCUUGCUAAUUGCAAAUUAUAGAUAUGGCAACAGUGGUGAUAAGUUUCAUAGUUCUUACAAAGUCAAUAACCUUAAAAACGACUCCAUCAGCCUUCACAUUUUGUGUAGUAGAUGUUUGGAAAUAUUUGAAGUAUAAAUGAAGAUUUUACAUUCUACACUUUCUAUUGGUUGAGUGCAUUAAAAUAUCUUGAUCAUUA